AUGUGUGAAUUCUCAUGGAAACUGUCACUCGCUUUUCCCUUCGCGAAACGGAGCCGGGGCGUGAUCGUGGAAAGAGUAAAGUAUCGUUAUCGUAGGCACACAAGCAUCCGCGACGAGCUACGACGGUAGCAGCUACGGCUGCGACGGCUGGUACGGCGAUCAGAUGCUGUCGCGUGCAUGUGUGCAGCUACACUAGAGGGCCCACGUACGCCCGGUCGGCCGCCUACCGGCCACGGGGAACGCGAACGCGUACGAAGACCGUCGAACCUGAAGUGGGGGAGUUGCUUGAGGAACGAAAGAGACCGAACGAUACGAAGCUCGAACCGAACGGCGGAUAGUAGGACGAAGAGCGAAGACCGAAACGGAGAGCAGCGGACGGACGCCUGGACGCUUGUGCUGGUGGGGAAACGAGAAGCGUCGGUGGGGAAUGGAGCCCCAAUCGCGAAGGAACGCGGAUCACGCGCGGCUCCGCCCGGCAAGGAAAGGCGAGUUCUCUGCUCGCGAACGCGAGCGCGCCUUUUUACCUCGCGUGUACCGGCUACUACUGCUGCAACACGAAACCACGCUCAGAGGGAGAGAAGGUGA